CAAAUUUUAAGUAAGAUCCUUGACCCCGUAAAACUGUAAACAAAAAACAAUGUUCACAUAAAAAAAUCUCACAUAUUUAAAGAUAAUUUGCGUCUGUUGUCAGGAAUUAUAAAUUUUCUAGGUAAUGCAUUGCUACGGUCAGACUAAGAAUCUGUGAUACUUUUUCUUAAGAUGAGUACAUCCGGGGCUUCCAGUGUACCUAGUGCACAGCCUGUCAUGAUAACUACCUCAGAGAUUCUUUCUGUACCCCCUAUACAGCCGACUCUAGGAGUGAAACUGGUCAGUGCGGGGUUGGGAGGAUGUAUAGCAGAACUGAUUACCUUACCUCUAGAUACAGCCAAGGUUAGGCUACAGGUUAGAAAUGUAAAAUGUGAAAGCUGGGCUAAGUCCAUGAGACUUCUGGUGAAUGGAGAUUUUGUCAGCUUAAAAUCUCUUCCAACAAAGGCUCCGGGUAUGGUACGAACCAUGAAUAUGAUUAUCAACUAUGAAGGUCCAAAGGCUUUGUACUCUGGGCUGGUUCCAGGCUUACAAAGACAAAUGUGUUUUGCUUCUAUCAGAAUUGGUUGCUAUGACGAUAUGAAGUCUCGUUACCAAAGUCUGUUUGGCAAUGAUGCAGAUUCAUCCCCAAGUGUAUUCAUUAGAAUCCUGUCAGGUCUAACCACUGGUGCUUUAUGUGUAACUGUUGCUCAACCAACUGAUGUUGUUAAAAUCCGAAUGCAGGCUUCAGGUGCCAUCGGUCAUCAUGCAUAUACCAAAGUGUUCAAAGCGUAUUCUCAGAUAGCAAGAACAGAGGGUAUACGAGGACUUUGGAAAGGUUAUAUUCCAAAUGUAGCCAGGAACAGUAUUAUGAAUGUCUCUGAACUGGUCACAUAUGAUAUGAUCAAAGAGGAAGUAUUAAGGUACAAACUGUUUGAGGACAAUCUAAAGUGUCAUAUAGCCUGUGGGUUUGGUUCCGGAUUUGUUGCCACGAUUAUAGCGUCGCCUAUUGAUGUAGUGAAGACACGCUACAUGAGUUCAUUUGUUGGACAGUAUACUGGAGUUAUUGACUGCUUGGUGCAGAUGAUCAAAGAAAAUGGUCUACGUUCUUUAUAUAAAGGAGUUGUGCCAUCUUUUAUGAGGAUUGGUUCCUGGAAUAUUGUUAUGUUUGUUUGUUAUGAAGAAAUCAAAAAACUGUUACACCAGGAAAACCAUGAGACAUACCAGUCAGUUCAGGAGAAAAUAGCCGCCCAGGAGGAAUAAGAAGUCUCACCUACCGCAAGUAUUUACUCAACACAAGGUAUUGUCAGUUCAGUUAAAAAUAGCUGCACUAGAGGAGUAACAGACCUUGAUUACCUGGUCCAGAAGUAUUUGCUUGGCACCAAGUGAAAAAUGUAUAAGUUUUAGUGUACCACUGAAGGAAGACAUUUUUAAAAUGUUUAAAGUUUGAUAGACUGUAUACAUGUAUGUAUAUAGUAUACUGCUGCUAAAUUGUAGUACACUGCCAUAGUUUAUCAGUUGAAUGGAAUCAUUUCAUGGAUUUCAGUGUCACACUGCUAGAUUCAUGUUAAGGAUGUACGAGCGUUUUUUUUUCUUCAGGAUAUCUGCCAUUUUGAAAAAUGUUUCUUUGAAUAUUGCUUUCUAACAAAAGUUUUGCCAAAAAUUUGUGCUAAAUAAUAAAAAUAUGGCUAAUAAUGUACCAUUUAACCAAAUAUAUUCUUUUUGCGAAAAAAAUUUUUCACCCUUAUUUUUGGCUGGCAUUUGCCUGAAAUUGAAGUAAGAUUUACAAUGGGGUAGGGGUAGGUAAUUUCAAAUAUCUAUUAAAGUAGAUCAGGUUUGGUUUUGAUAUUUUCCUGACUGAUACAUAUAAUGUAAAGCUAUAAUUGAAAUAAAAGUUUUCAAGUUGGUGCUUUAUAUUAUCUAGAAAAUAUAAAUUGAAACAAAAAGAACAAAAAAGCAAAAAGGAUCAAAAUUCACCAGUUUUAAACAGUUUUUUCGUAUAAAUCUCUUAGAUGCACGGUGACCCCCAACUUUUUUUCUUUCCAUUUUGAAGCAUUUUUGUGUGUCAUUAAAGCUGCAAAAUAUUUUGAAAAUCUUGCGGUCAGAAUUUUUUUGUAGAUCUAAAUAUGUUUUUCCCAUUGAAAAUAAAGUGGGUGGGGUAAUUAUGUCAACAUGUAAAAAUGAAAUAGAUUUGUUAAUAACAUUUAUGCUUAUAUAAUACUGACAUCACCUUGUAUUCAUAUUAACCUGUAAGACUUGAAAUCUCUAUAAUAUGUUUUAUAAAGUACCACCAUUUUUCCAAUUUUACAAAAUUUCAGAAAUGCUUCAACAAUGGGUGAAGAAAAUGCCCUUUAAAAUUAAAACGUGUUCGGUGACCUGGUUUUUUUCUUCUCUUGUUUGUCUUGGAAACUAAUGUUCUUCAAGCUCACAGAGUAUGAAAAAAUUCUUAACGUUAGAAAAAAUUUGUUCCUACAUCCUUAAGGUGAUAUGGUGAAUUUUAGAAACUUCUUUUUUGAACAAACAUCUAAUCUGUGAGAUAUCAUGACUAUUUUAUUUCUUGUUAUUUGUUUAUUGAUAUUUGAGCCGUGCCAUGAGAAAACCAACAUAGUGGGUAUGCGA